AUGGAUAUAUCAAAUAGCACAUCGAAUGAGCAAGUUGAUCCUCCAGAUAUCUUCGAAAAUAUAGCGAUGGAUGGCGCAAAUGAUCAUCGUGCGAUCUCGCAAGAUUCGAUUACACUGACCGAGGAAUCACGCGACGAUAACGAGAUAGUGAAUUCUGAUUUUGUCACCCCGUACGAUGAAGUCGAAAUACCCGCUGAAAAUGCGGUUGAUGAAAGAGAGGAGGAGUCCGAGACCCAUGAAUCCGAACACGAAGUGUUGAAUUACCAAAAUGAAGAUGAAGAUGAAGUGGAAGAGGAAGAGGAGAAUGAUGAUGAUGGCCCAGAUACAAUUUCAUAUCAAGAAUGGCGUUCAGAAAAUAUGGAUGAGCUAUGGCAAUCACAGAUUCGCGCAGUUUUACGACUCAAUAAGGAUGGAGAUGAGUCGAUAGCUAUAACAGAGGUAGUUGACCUUUUGAGAAAUGACAUACAAGCGCCCUUAGUUGGCUGGUCUCCUUCAAGGAACAUAAACAUCAAGGCAGCUCCUCAGCUCGAUGAUCCCAUAGACAGACGUGCUUGCUGCUUUCAUGACUGGUGUUACUCAAUUUUUACCUGGGAAUUCGGACCUAACAAAUUGAAACUUCUUUAUGAGAUGGGCACAAGUUUCGAACCAUCAACCGCCUGGCAGAUGCCUGCAGAGGUGAAGGGCAACCUCUAUCCGCAGAUUGAUUACGAUAGCUUGUUGUCAAGCGUUGACGAUAGAUCUGCAAUGUUUCAGCCACUACUACUUGUGAAACUCCCUCCCGAAUUACGAUCGCGAAUCUGGAAUUUUGUAGGGCAUACAUCAGCAUAUUCAGCCUUCAUGCUUUUGACUGGAGAGACAUCAACACUGGCCCGUCAGAUUCAAGCUCCAGCCGUACGAGAACUCACAUUAAAACCAGGCUGUUACAUCAAUUCAAGCUUUAUCAACAUGUAUGGUACACAGUACAUACGAACCUUGACUACACAAAACAGACCCGGGCCCAGCUCUGGAAUUAAAAUAGUCGAAACAGUUACCGGCAUUCAGGUCGUAUCCAGUGUUCAUGGCAUCUGUUCUAUCAGACUUUUAGGUCAAAACUGGAAAUCGAAAUGGAUGGGAACAUUCCCCCACACUGAUCGCUGCUGGUACGGGGAAGUUCCACUCGAUAAUGACGUUUUGGUUUGCUUCUAUAAUGGUCUGACUAUAGAAGAGAUGGCGGCGAACCAUCAGCCUACCAUAAGGCAGGUGAUGUGGGAUCGACCAGACCACCCCGAAGUAACGUUCGAUGCCGAUGGCAAAUUGUUUACCCUGUUUGAGCCAGAGGAAUUAUAUCACAAGAGACAGCCAGCACUAGCAUUUUUUAGAUUUAUUCCGUUGACAGCUCAAGAAGUAUACGCAUCGAGUCUCACAAUUUAUUUUUUGUCCAAGUGUAUCACUGGCAUUGAAGUACAUUUUCCGACAACAUCAAAUUUAGUAGGCAGUCGUGGGAAUGUAGCCGUACAUUUUCCCCUAGCUAAAGACGAGCGCAUAUCAAAUGUUUGGCUACGACUCGAAACACAUGGUGCGAUUGAAUCUGUGCCUUCCUUAUUGAUACGUACGACGCUAGGUCGAGAUUAUAGUUUCGGUCCAUACGUUGGCCCAACUAGAUAUUCUAGUUAUCGUUGGGUGAUGUUGAAGCACCGUGGCUGCAUUAGCGGUUUUUAUUUUGAAAACUCAACUGAAAUCAGAAGACUGGGUGUUAUAGGCGAUGACAAUCUAACCGAAGUCGAUGAGAUCCCGCUUCCUCGUUACGAGACUUGUGAUCCAGUACGGCCUUUAAUCGGAUUCCUUGGGAGGACUCUGUUCAUGAAUGAUGCCAAGAUUCAAGAUUUCAAGUCGAUCACUAUUUGCAGAGCUGAUGGUCGCUGCAUUGGUAUGCUCAUUCAUUACUUGGACAAAAAUAUGCCCCCAGUUGUCUUGGGUCAGUGGUUGGAUUCGGAACGCUCGAAACAUAUAUCUAUAUAUGACACUUAUGACUGGAUCGGACCACCUCCUGUUAAAAUUGCAUUCAGUUCGUCCAAGUCAGAGCCUUUUGUGCGAGAUAUACAGUUCUGCGGUCAUGGACUCGAAUUGCUUUUCAAGCAAAGCAAAGAUCUCGACUGGAAAGUCGAAGUGUAUAAAAUUGGCGCGCGCAUUGCAUGGUGGUUCACAAGCGAAUGGGAUUCCAUUAGAUUAUGGCAGCCCAGACUCGAUGAUUUAUCAAGGAUUCCAGUGGAAUACGAAUUAGUACAAGAUUGA